AUGAAUCGAUUUGAUUGGAAUAAACUUUCACCGGACGAAUUCGAACGUCUACAAGAAUAUAUUUCAUAUGCGCCUAAAAAAGUAAAAGAUGUUGUCGCUAUUCUUCAACAAGAUCCCACCUGGUUAGCGCAUCGAUAUGAUGAGCAACUUGACUAUCAAGGUUUUCGACAAUUUCUCGAAUUACUUGUCGACAAUUCUGAUAUACCAGAAGAUCUAUGUCGACAUUUAUUUUUAUCGUUCAUUAAAAAACCUGCAGCCGUCGUACCGAACGACAUACCAUCGACUAUUGGCGCUCUUCCACUUGCUACUACAGGAAUACCAUCAACCACAACGACAGCCAUUUCAUCUGGCCCAUCAGGAACCAUAGUAUCAACAACAGCAGCAAGUCGAACAUUUGAAAUUGCUGAUAAAUUACCCGGUUUUUCAUUUCUACCCGAAAAGUUCUUCCGACCAAAACGAGGUCUUCCUAAUUUCGCCGAUGAUAUCAGUACAGUCGGAUCAAAUGAUUCCAAAGCUCGAAGUGGUAUAUGCCGUACUGGAAAAGAACGUCUUAUGCGUCGAGGUAAUUCACAUGAUCAACACCCCGAUUCACCUGACAAUUCUCGGCAAUCAUCAAGAAAAUCCAAUCCUUCUAUCCAUUCAAUUCAUUCACUACACAAUACUGCUGUAUCAGCCGUUACAAGCUCCGAUGAUCCUUGGGUAUUUCGUACAUCAUUAUCGCAAUUAUUGAAUAAAAUCUCUGGCAAUGAUCUAACACGUGAUGCUCAUCAUCAUCAUCAUCAUCAUUACUUGCCAUUUCAUUCUCAUAAUCAUUCAAAUACACAACAACAACAAGCCGUUAUGAUUCAAUCGCCACCUGAAAUCGAUAUAAAUACAACACGAAUACAAGUGAAAGAUAUAAUUUGUUAUUUUUCAUUACUUGAAGGCGGUACACCAGAACAAAAACUUGAAUUUAUGUUUAUGUUGUACGAUGAAGAUAGUAAUGGAAUACUUGAUAAACAGGAAACCGAUUCAAUCGUUAAUCAAAUGAUGAAUGUUGCUGAAUAUCUCGGUUGGGAUGUAUCUGAAUUAAGACCAAUUCUCGAAGCGAUGAUGAAGGAAAUCGAUUAUGACAACGAUGGCGCUGUUACAUUAGAAGAAUGGAAACGUGGCGGAUUAACAACUGUACCUCUACUCGUUCUACUUGGACUCGAUUCAAAUGUACGAGACGAUGGAACACAUUCAUGGCGAUUGAAACAUUUUAAUAAGCCUGCUUAUUGUAAUCUUUGUUUAACAAUGUUAGUUGGUUUGGGAAAACAAGGUUUAUGUUGUACAUGUAAGUUUAAUUUACAAAAAAAUCAAAGUUCAUAUCCAUAUGUAUCCAUGUCGAUAUGUUUAGUUUGCCGAUAUGUUGUACACGAACGAUGCGCUAAUCGAGCGCCCGCUAAUUGUAUAUCGACAUAUGCUAAAACUCGCAAAGUUGACACAACUAUGUUACAUCAUUGGAUCGAAGGCAAUUGUCCGGGACGAUGUGAUCGAUGUAAAAAAUCAAUUAAAACCUAUAAUGGUAUAACAGGCCUUCAUUGUCGUUGGUGUCAAAUGACAAUACAUAAUAAAUGUGCAUCACAGUUAAAGCCCGAAUGUACGUUAGGUCCCAAUCGAGAUCAUAUUGUACCACCAUCAUGCAUUUGCCCAGCUGUUUUGGAACGACAAAAACCAUCGCGAACUGGAAAUGGUCUCAAAGCAGAAGAAUCGUGCAAUGAAGGAUCAAUACAAUCCUUUCAAAUAAAUCCCUUACCAAAUACACAUCCCCUAUUGAUAUUUAUUAACCCGAAAUCGGGUGGUAAACAAGGCGAACGAAUAAUGCGAAAAUUUCAAUUUUUAUUAAAUCCUCGCCAAGUUUUUAAUCUAACAAAAACUGGCCCUAUGCCUGGAUUUCAAUUUUUUAAAGAUCUAGAAGAUUUUCGUGUUCUUUGUUGUGGCGGUGAUGGUACAGUUGGUUGGGUACUAGAUGUUAUGGAUCGUGUCCAACUGGCUCGUCGAGCACCAGUUGCUGUUCUACCGCUUGGCACCGGCAAUGAUUUAGCUCGAUGUUUAUCAUGGGGUGGCGGCUAUGAAAAUGAAAGUUUAAAUAAAAUACUUAAGAAAGUUUCACAAGCACCGGUGAUCAUGCUCGAUCGAUGGCAAAUUGAAUUUAGCACCCGAACAGAUACAGAAGAAAAGGGCGAUGAUAUUCCAUAUAAUAUAAUUAAUAAUUAUUUUUCUAUCGGUGUUGAUGCUUCAAUUGCUCAUCGAUUUCAUUUAAUGCGUGAAAAGCAUCCAGAAAAAUUUAGUAGCAGGAUGAAAAAUAGAUUAUGGUAUUUAGAGUUUGGUACAUCAGAGGCUAUUUUUUCUACGUGUAAAAAUUUACAUGAAGAUAUCGAUAUCAUGUGUGAUGGUGUGUCCUUGGAUUUAUCGAAUGGACCAUCUUUAGAAGGCAUUGCACUAUUGAAUAUUCCAAGUAUUUACGGUGGAAUAUCUCUAUGGGGCGAAGGCCAUCGACAUAAGAGUCGUAAAAAUCCAUUAAAAUUACAAAGAAAAGAUUCUGAAUAUUCAACGAGUUCGACGUCAGAUAUAACUUUUGUUUUACAAGAUAUUGGCGACAAAUUAAUAGAAGUUGUAGGUGUACAAUCAGCUAUUCAUGCGGGCUCUAUUUAUGCUGGUGUUCGAUCAAGUGCAAAACGACUUGGUCAAUGUUCAUCAGUUGUUAUCAGAACCCGCAAAAGUUUCCCGAUGCAAAUCGAUGGUGAACCUUGGCUUCAACCACCGUGUACGAUUUCAAUAACACAUAAAAAUCAAGUUCCUAUGUUAAUGGCACCACGAAAAGAACGAAAAAAUAGUCUAUGGCGUUUAUUUAAAAAAUAA